UGGGACAGCUCGCAAUCACGCGUCUGUGCUCGAUCUCGCGCUCUAAACUUACGCGAUUUAAUGCGCGCAUUGACACAACCAGUGCGCACCUUCUUUACGCGUUUGUCAUGGUCGUAGUUGUCUGAACUAAGGAUUAUCGUUUUAGAAGGACAGAUCGUGAGUAUAUAGGACUAUAGUGUUAGUGCGUAUGACAGUUUGAAAUUGCAUUAUUGCUUGUUAUACUAACCAACGCUCCGCUCUUGGACACUUUUACGCAAUAGAAAACGUCUUAUUGCGCAAGUUUUUAGCUGGAGCCCGAAUUUCGGACGCACAAAUUUGGAGAUAUCUGUCUGCGAGACUCUGUCGGACGGGGGUCCCCGUGUAUGGAUGUAGUGGGCGACGUAGUGACGGACUGAGGGGUCGAGACGGACCGAUUCCGUGGUUCCAGACGCGCUUCUCCGAGAUAACAGAGCAGCAUCAUCGUCUAAUCGAGCGCCUCCAGCAGCAGCCGAGAUGAUUCUUCUGGGAAUAUUUCUAAAUCUGUUCUUCAUUGAGGGUUCAUUUCUCUCUGUGGUGCCGGUGUUCCCGGAGACUUUGGACUGCAUAGCUGCUGUACAGGAAUGCAUGCAGAACCCGGAGUGUAAGAGGCCUUUUCGUCACUUGGAAUACUGCGUGGAUGAGGAGGCGGUGGCCCCUCUGGCCCUGGAGACGCGGCAUGGCUGCGUUGAUGCACAGAACAGCCUCAUGCACUAUCAUCCCCUGCAAGAAUGCAAAUGCCAACGGGGGUCACGCAUGGAGCAGCAGUGCCUGAGCGUUUACUGGACUAUCCGUUUUCCGCAGGGUUUUGAUGACAUUGAGACGUCCCCAUACGAAGACAUUGAACUGGAACUUGUGAGAAACACCGAAACAUCAAAACUGGCUUCGAUAGUUUCAGUGUCCACUCUUCCUCUGACCGAUCAGAACCAGUGUCUGAAAGCAGCUCAGGACUGUGGCUUGUUUGAGAAGUGUGGUUCCCUACGCUCAGAGUACGCGCUAGCAUGCACUAAAAUCAUACCGGUAACAAAUCACUGUAACAGGCACAAGUGCCAUCGAGCUCUGCGGCGCUUCCUGGAGCGUGUGCCAGAGGAGUACAGCUUCGGCGUCUUAUUUUGCCCCUGCUCGGACACUCUGUGCGGCGAGAGGAGGAGAAAAACCAUCGUCCCAUCCUGCUCCUAUGAGGAGAGAGAAGAACAGCCCAACUGCCUCCAUCUGGAGAGCUUCUGCCUCAAAGACAACCUGUGCAGGUCGAGAUUGGCUGAUUUCCAGCAAAACUGUCAACCGUCGUCUCUUUCGCCCUCCGGCUGUCUCCGGGAGAGUGGAGCCGUGUGUCUCAAGGCCUACGCUGGACUCAUCGGCACCAUCAUGACUCCAAACUACGUGAGUAACAGCAGUACAGAGGUGUCGCAGUGGUGUAAUUGUGAAGGCAGUGGAAACCAAUGGCAGGACUGUCUGCGUAUCCUACAUAUGUUCAAUAGUAACAUCUGCUUGCGUAAUGCAAUAGAUAGCAUGGGAAGCUCCACCCCCCGUCCAGUGGAGGGCACACCCCUUCCUCCACCUCGCCCCUCCCCCCAGGUCCAGCUCGACGAUCUGAACAUCAACCUGCUGCCUGAACCUGAAAUCGAGGUGCUGGAAAGCGAAGAAGAAGAUGAUGAGGAAGAAGAGGAAGAUGAGAACGACACCGGAGCAGGAGGCUUCAACGUCAUCCCUCCCUUCUCGGAGAAGGUGACAGUCACUAAUUUGGGCUCCGAGGCGGGCAGGGUCCACAGCCGUGCCGCCACCCUCUCCGAGCCUCACUUCCUGUUCGCGGUUCUGCUGCUGAUUGCCCUCAGCUGGGGGUAGAAACCAACGCUCGCACACCUUCUCACACGCACACACGCACGCCCACACAAACUUUCACAUCAGACUCUAAGACCUGUUAUCGAGAGACGAGUGGAACGUCACAUCAGAGCGCUGGAGAGAGCGAAGCGAAAUCUCUUCUGUCCUUCUUUCUGUCUGUCAUUCACAAUUUUUCUCCUGGGGAAGAGGCUCCGCUAUAGUUGUAGCUGCUUGUUCAUUAGGGAAUCGCUUUUUUAUCGUAUUCCCGGAGUCAUUCAAAUCACGACUCAUCAGACUGACGAUAGCCGAUGAUGACCGAUUUGAUCACGUGAAGUAUCAUAUAAUGCUUCAGAUAUGGAAGGAAAACUCCGGCUGUUCGAGACUUGUUACCUGACUUUCUCUAAAUGUGCUUGUACUGCAGCAUCGCAUUACCUGCGUUCAGUUGCAUUCAGAAACCCGCUGUGCUUAUUGUUGCUGAGACGAAAUGUAUGUGUGUAUGUGGACGUGCAAGUUUGAUUCGCUUGACAUCGCAGCCUGUCGACAAUCCGUGUCGAGCACGAUUCCCAAAUCUAUCGCAUUUCACACCCCCCGUGUCUCCCAAGUCAGGUCACACACCUAAUCAAGCGCGCACACGCGCCUGCCCCGGAUCCCACGGAUGCAAGCGCUUUUCUUUUAUUGCUCGAUCUGCGAUGUGCAUUCAUUUGUUUGGACUCAGCACAGACUGUGCACUCUAACCAGGGGCGUAAAUAAAAAACACGUCCUUCGACAGAAAAAACAACAUGAGUUAUAAAGGGGAAAUAAACAAACGAAAUAAAGAAAUAUAUCGCCGCACAGCAGGUGUCGGAGUCCGGUCUGUUGUUAGAACCCGGGGGGAUGAACAGGAAGUCAUUUUCCAGCCGCCUGUCGCCUGAUACCUCUCUCCGAGUCUGUUGUUUUACUCUCACAGAGAUAAUGGCUUACAACACAAACUGUUUAUCUUGUUGCAUGUUCACGCCGAAGAAUUACUUGUGAUGGAAAAGAAAUAGAAAAGAGAUCAAGAGAGGAGAACACGAAGCGUCAAACCCUCCAGCAAAAAAAAAAAAACUUACAGUCUGGAAUCACAUGCUUUUUCUGUUCCUUAUACAUCUUUUGCUGACACUGAGGCUUUUUUCAAUCUUGUUCCUUUUGCUCUCACUCCCUCUCUUGAUUUGUUAUUGUGUAUGUUUAAGGAAGCAAGAGAGCAUCUCUGGAUUGUGGCUAGAAUGGAUAUAGCUACGGCCGGAAGUGAUGCAAAAUCUCGCCAUAAAAUUACAAUCAAUUACAUUAGCUAACGCCUACACCUACAAACCUAACCUUACAAUAAUAAAAAACAGUAAGUAGCUUUUGUUCAGCGUGACAAAUUGUGAGAUAUUAAAGUGCGCAUGCCCAGUUAAGGUAGCUGUAUCCCUUCUAGUCUUUUGUGCAAUUGAGCUUCAUAACUUCUUAUUUGUUGCGGAGCACAAAAUGAGAAGUUAUAUGAACUUUGCUGUUUGAGGUCUUCAAGAUUGCAAAAAACAUGACUACAUGAUUUGGGGGUAAACUAAUCCUUGAAAGCACUUUCACAAUAGAGAGUUUAGUGUAGAUGUGAGUUCACUUGACAUAAGAAUUGGUUUCAUCUGGUUGGUGUGAACGAUUUAUUUAAGACAUGCGUGCACGCCAGCAAACCAGUUCAAUGUGACUGCUAAUGUGAUUCUGGUUUAACGCAAUCCAUCUCAUUGAAAAAGUGAAUCACUUUGAGGUUUUUGCAUGUUCCCGAUCACACUUAUUAGAAAAUUAUGUAUUUCUAAUAGCUGCCUCUCUCUGAUUAAAUUACUUUUGGAGAGCAGCGCACAUUCUCCAUGUAUAUUCAUGCCAGACUUACGAAUGUGACGCUACUUAAGUUUCUAUGUAAAUCCAAAGGGACAUUUAUUAAAAAAACAUGGCAAAGCUGCCAUCUUUUCCCCCCGAGUUGUUGUCUUGCUACAGUGGUAAACAGCUGCGUUAAAACUCUCAGAGGCCCUCGUCUUGAUAACGCAAACCUACCGUGAUUCUGAGCCAAAAGUAGGCCUACAGCCUGCGGGGGACGGAGGAGGAGGAGGGUUCGGACCGAGCAAUCAAGCCAAGCCUUGCAGCGCGAGGGCUGUACUCGAGACGUCCGCCACCCCCCUCUUCCUCUCCGGAAGAAAUUAAAGCUCAGCUAAAGUGCUCAUAUCUCAUCCGGUGUUCACGCGAAGCACCUUGGAUUACACCGACACGACUUAACAAUCAGAUUCCGAACUGAUCUAUUAUGCGGAGGAACGGCCUGAUUGAACAGACGUUGUGCUUUUCGACGUCUUCUCCUCCAGCGCAAGGUCAGCGAGGCACGCAGCGCGCCCGCUCAAUCAGUAGGGUUAAUUAAGAGAAGAAACGCAGGCGCGUCGGGAUUGAUGCGCCUGUCGAGAUCGCGGGCGGCCUUUAUGAUGGCUGUUGUUAUUUUUUAAUUGUUAUCUGGGGCCAGUGUCGUCCGCCCAGCCGUAACAGAGGGAGGCGUCGGAUGAGUGACAUCAGAGUCGGGGAAGGCGGCAGGGGUGUCGGUAUUACACAUUAGAAUAUUUUAGAGAAAUAACAAACAAGCCAUGCGUUAAAUAAAUGCAAGUUGCAGGAAAGUUCGAGAGAGAAAGUUCGGUUGGAAAACCUAACGAGUUGCCUACCUAGACUGAAUUUUAAGGCAUCGCUUCAGACGCGGGUACGCUGCCUUUUAAGUUGCCUGUUUUUGGGUGCAACCCUGAGAAGAUACUAUAUUUUAAUAAUACAUUUUCACGGCCAUGCCAGUUUAAACCGGAUUUUCCGACCGGAUUUAUUUCAGUCUGCUCUCUAAGUAGGCAGCUGCCCGUGAAGGCACCGGUUUGUAGCGGAGGGUUAGAGACGCGGCCCACACCAAAUUCGCCGUAGCAGUUUGUGUUGUUUGACUUUAUACGCGUUUGCCGCAUUACAACCACGUUUUGGCUCGUACGCAGAUUUCUUGUGAGUCUAACAUUUCCUCCUCGCCCAUCUGUGCCUGUGUACACAGGAGAAACCCGUCGCGGCGGAUCCUCCGCGUCGAGCGCUGCAUCGCAGGGAGCAGGGGAACGGAAAAGAGAUAAACACACAAUAAGGGAUAAACGGAUAGGAGAGAGGAGGAGAGAGUGGGUUAGAGAAAAAGCACCCCGGUGAGAGCAGGAGAGAGAGCCGAAAGAGGGUAAAAGCAGAGAGAGAGAGAGAGAGAGAGAGAGAGUAGUUUGCCCUGUACGCUCAUAGCUUUAUUAUUAUAGUAUGCGGACACUGAUUUAUUUGGCGGCUGCAGGCGCCCGUUCUGAAACUCAUUUUAGUGGUACUGAUGUUGAUUCUCUCUCUCUCCUCUGGCUCUGCAUUAUGAGGCCAGUGGACUGUGCCACCGUUUCACCCCACAAUGCACCAUCAAUUGCAUGAAAAUAAUCACCACCGCUAAUGUUUUUCUAAUGAAGAUGCCCAAAAUAGUAUCUGUAUUUAAUCCUCUUUUAUGGAGUGCACUUAUCUUUUUUUUGGAUAGCGCUGUAUUUUUUACUUUUAUUAAUGACUUGACGGAUUUGAUUCGUCUGUUUCCAGAGUUAAUUUUAAUGAAACUAUCAACAAUGAACACUCUGCCCAUAGUCUAUCGGAGCGUUUGCAGGCCCACAUGGAACUUUACAGAUAUACACAGAAUUGGAAAUCUUGCUACUUAUGUUCAUUUAUUUAAUAAUUUGCCUAAUUUAUGCUUUCGGCUGUUUGAAGGGACAUCCGCACUAACAUUUACCUUUCAACAUAAGUUCAAAGUAAAAUACUGCAGUAUAAUUCGUAUUUACUAUAAUAAACUAUAGUACCGAAAAUAUUUGUAUUGCCUACUUACACUUAUUUACCACAAUUUACUAUAGGAAAUAUUACAGAGUACUAUAGCAUACACUUAUAAAACCUUUUGAAAUAGCUUACAGCUCACUACAAUUUACUACAGUUUAAUGUAGUAAAUACUAAAGUGUACUUCAGAAUUUUUUCAUGUGGGAAUGUUCGUGUUCUGAAAUCAGUGUUAAGGGCACACUAACUAAUUUCACUUGCUGCUGCACUUGCUCAGUCAUUGUUAAAGUUUCAUGUGAUGUACAAGGGCCUGACGUGGGAAUAUAGUACAAUAGCACACAAAAGCAGGUUUUAUAUCAUGGACGAAAUUACUUGCCAAGAAUUGUUUUGUUUGUUUAUUUGUGACUGGUUGAGUGGUUCUGCUGGGUUCGCUGUGAUAUGAGCAUGUCUCUCAUUGCAAUGUUGGAUUUGCCUUUGACACCCGCCCGUACGAACGCACCUGCUCUCAAAAACUCUUCCUCAAUUACUGCCCACCGGGUCACUUUGCAGACCUGUUGUACUGUGCCGGUCCUCCACUGGUUUCUUCCCUCUGCUCAUCUGUAUAAAAUCAGGUGUAAAAAAUGAGAAUUCACUGUUUCUGUGACCCAUAAUAAUGUACCAUCUGAAAUAAACUAAACGGAAAACAAA